ACAAAGUUUUACAGAUGAGAGAGAAAUUAAAACAAUUUUUUAACAAGAAGAUCAGACCACCUUCAUCUUCUUUUAUAUGCAAUGUUUGGAGAGUUGUGGCCUCACCCACUCAAUACUCAUUCAUUGAGAAAACUAAACAAGUAGAUCUCAAUAAUUUGAGAGAGAGAGAGAGAGAAACUUGUUAUCUGAAUACUUUGAAUUGAAAGAGAGAACUAUCGAGAUGGCUUGUGUUGCUUUGACUUCUCUGAUGGCAACAAUUGAGCUAGAGUUUCUGCAACCAAAUCCAAGCAGGGUUCCUCUUGAUGAUGGAGGGUUUAUAUCAAUGGAAUCUUUGUAUGAAAAGGUUUCAUCUUUGCAAGGUUUUGUGCAGGAGAAAUCCGGGGCACGGGGUGGCACUGCAAUCAGAAAUCUGGAGAUACAGAUGAGAGACUUUGCACUGGAUGCCGAAGACCGCAUCGAAAUACAACUCAGCAACUUUCUUCUGGCCAACAACGGAGAGGAUCAACGAGAAGCUGCACAGCAACUCCAUCGAACCUUGCGAGAAGAAGCAGAAAACGCAUCGGAGUUGCUGGAAAAAAGCAAGGAAAUCGAUGACGAACAAGUGGUGAAUGAAAGUGAAGGAGCACUGAUUCCUUGGUUAAAACAUGAUUCGGCUUCGGAGAAGAGCAAUGUUAUGGUCGGUCGUCGCCGUGAUCGUGAGCUGAUAAUGCACGAACUCUUCUGGGGCUCUAUGAACCGAAAAGUGGUCUCAAUUGUUGGAAUGGCCGGCAUUGGGAAAACAACUUUAAUUAGUAGUGUCUAUCAAGAUCCAGAUGUUGCUUCGCGUUUCGAUGUACGAAGAUGGGUUUCUAUGCCUGGGGAAUACAAUAACGUGAGACAACUGCUACACACCCUUCUUUGGACACUACUACCAGAGGUAGAUGAUGAAAUUGAAAAGGGAAUCAUUCCUGAUGAUGAUGAUCUAGCAGCUGAGCAGGUAUACAAAUGCUUGAAAGGUAAGAGAUAUCUAAUUGUUUUGGAUAACUUACGGAACAAUCAAGCUUGGUAUGAUAUCCGGCAUUGUUUACCUGAUGAUAGAAAAGGAAGUCGCAUAGUGAUAACCACUACGCAUCUUUUAAGGAUGGGUAAUGAUUAUACUUACUCAAAUAGCAAUAUUCAUCACAUGACUUUGCUAAAUUCAGAAGAAAGUUGGGCUUUAUUUUGUAAUAACCCUUUUCUGAAACUGAAAAAACAUAUGGCACCACCUAAAUUUCAAGAAAUUAGGAGUCAAGUUGUAGAGAUAUGCGAAGGAUUGCCAUACUCAAUUCUUGUAGUUGCAAAACGGUUAUCUAAGUGUGACAACAUAAGACAAGAAUGGAAGAAGGUGCAAAAGGAAAUAGAGUUACUUGGAGUUCUAGAUAGGAGGGCACUAACCCACACUUACAAUCAAUUGCCACAGCACUUAAAAGUCUGUUUUCUAUAUUUUGGAGUCUUCCCAAAACGCAGUGCAAUCAAAGUCAAACAACUUAUUAGAUUAUGGACUGUCGAGGGAUUUGUGAAGCCAUUGGAGCACAAGGGGUUAGAAAAUCAGGCUUAUGAGUAUUUACAAGAGCUUAUUGAUAGAAGUCUUAUUUUAAUCGACACUCCGAGUUCUUCUGGAAAAAUUAAGAGUUGUAGGAUGCAUAGUGCCUUACAUAGCUUUUGCGUAAGAGAAGCUCAGAAAGAUGGCAUUUUUUGCGCGUUAAAUACUCUGCAACUUCCACGAGGGUCAUUUGGCAUGUUUGAAAAUUCAUGCCGCUGGUUAAGCUUAUACACACAUAAAUUUGACUAUUAUGUGUUGUUAAGAACAAACAACCCUCGCUCCAUUUUCUUCUUUCAAAAAGAUAAUGCUGAUGAAAUAUAUGUAUCUUUCAAGUUGCUAAGAGUUUUGGCUUUUGUUCCAUCUUCAUUUCUUCAAAGAAUGCCAGCACGCUUACAGGAUUUAGUUUUUUUGAGAUACCUAUAUGUUACAGAAUGGUUUGAGGGUCUUGAUUAUGUAGUGUCAACCAAUCAAAACUUGCAAACACUUAUUGUUUCUAAUAAAGAAUCCCAAGUUGGAACACCUACUAUCCAUUUGCCUUCAACAAUUUGGAAUUCACCACAAUUACAACAUCUUGAAUUUGACAAAUCUUAUGUGAUUGAUCCUCCAAGCAUGGAUAAAGAUAAUAUGCGGACAUUAUCUUGGGUGUGUUCACCUCAUUGUAGAGCAGGAGUAUAUUGCAGGUUUCCAAACAUUGAAAAAUUAAAAGUUUUUGUAUUUAGCAGUAAUAAUCCUAUUAUUUUGGAUAAUCUUGAAUGUUUGGAACGUCUUGAGAGACUAUCAAUCUCAGUUUCGUUUGGUUGCGUUGUAAUCCUUCCAGAGCCAUUUAUGUUUCCUUCACAACUAAAGAAGUUGAGGUUGAACGGUACUAACCUUUCAGAGAGGGAUUUAAAGGCAAUUGAAAUGUUGCCUCAGCUUGAGGUUCUCAAAUUGGAAAAUGCCUUUCAUGGAAAAGUGUGGAAAGUAGAAGAAGGAUUUUGUGAAUUAAAAUUCUUGCUUCUUGAAAGUAAAAUGCUUGAGCAAUGGACGAACUUUGGUUAUGACUCCUUCUCAUGUCUUGAGCACUUAGUCUUAAGACGUUGUUAUUGUUUGAAGAAUAUCCCUGAGGAUAUGGAAAAUAUGUUGACCUUGAAGUCAAUUGAGUUGCAGCGGUGUGGUCCGUCAGUUAUCACUUCUGCAAAGUGUAUUCAAGAAUAUCAACGCAAUGAGUGUGGAUCCGAAUUUUUUGAGCUCAAAAUCAUUGGAGAAGAGUCUAGACCUUCAGAUAAUGAAUGACAAGCUAAGCUAAGGUCAUGCUUCAACGUCGGUGCUGGACUUUUCUUUGAACAAGUCAUGCCUCAACGUUGGUGUUUGCGGUAAGAAGUUUCACCUUGACAACGGUGAUUUGGGUAGAAAUUCAUCAAAUCCGUUGGUCUGACAAGGCUUGUUGCUGGCCAAUAGUAGCUAAUCCCGUGGGGUGCAUGUUGCUGUGAUUGGUUGCUAGUUAAUUAUGUUGAGGCUUGUGUUCUUUUGGGUCUGCGUGCCAUAUUCUUUUGGGCAUACGUGUCAUGUUCUUACUUUCAACCUGUGUGCCAUGUUUUUAUUCUUUAGAUUUUGUGACUGGGUGGCUUGUGUGUCAAAUUUUGAUGGGAGUAUGUGUCCCGUACUAACUUUAGUUUCUUUAUGGCAGCCUAUGUGCCUCGUGUGAUGUGUGAUAUAUGAUUGUUGGCUAUCUUAGGAGGGUUGAUAUGUCCAUGUUCUGCCAUUAUGUUGUUGGAUUUAAUAUAUUAUUAUUGGUUAUCAUAUAACAUGUAUGUUGUUUUA